AUGGCGGAUACGCAAUUUGACAGUGCAUUCAUUGAAGCUCAUCAACUCGUCCGUAGAGACCUCCUCCGUCGCCUCUCACCCCGCGACACCAAGCGCAAUCUCCAAUACAUCACUACACUGGUCCCCGACCUCACAGAAGAUCUUCUUGCUUCCGUCGAUCAACCGCUUGAAAUCCGGCGUUGUGCCCGCACCAGCCGCGACUAUCUGCUCUGUGACUACAAUCGCGACGGAGACAGCUACCGGAGUCCCUGGAGCAACGAGUUCGACCCACCGCUCGAGGAUGGCACAGUUCCUAGUGAGAGGGUGAGGAAGCUAGAGGUUGCGGCAAAUGAGGCGUUUGAUGUUUAUCGAGAGCUCUAUUAUGAAGGUGGGGUUGGGAGCGUAUACUUUUGGGAUCUGGACGAUGAUGGGUUUGCGGGAGUCGUGCUAUUAAAGAAAGGAAUUACACCGGGCUCAAAGAAUUCAGGGGCGUGGGAUAGUAUUCAUGUCUUUGAGGCCACUGACCGAGGACGAACCUGCCACUACAAGCUUACAAGUACUGUCAUUCUACACCUAUCUACCGGUUCCGAGGCUCUUGGAGAAAUGGAUCUUAGUGGCAAUAUGACGCGGCAGAUUGAGGCAGAUAUGCCUAUUGAAGGAGAAGCGAGCCAUGUCGCCAAUGUUGGUCGGUUGGUAGAGGAUAUGGAGUUGAAAAUGAGAAAUUUACUACAGGAAGUGUAUUUUGGAAAGGCGAAGGAUGUAGUUUCUGAACUGCGAAGUAUUCAACCAUUAUCUGAGACAAACAGAGAUCGUUCCGCCCAUAGAGACAUGAUCAACUCGAUGAUGAAAUAA